CCGCCCAGCCCCGGCGGCAGCGGGGCCGGGCCGGGCCCAGGGAGCGCGGCCGGGAGCUCCGGCCAUGGCGGCCAACGAGGACCAGGAGAUGGAGCUGGAAGCGCUGCGCUCCAUCUACGAGGGAGACGUGUGCUUCAGGGAGCUCAGCCCCGUGUCCUUCCAGUACAGGAUAGGUGAAAGUGGAGAUCCCAAAGCCUUUCUAAUAGAAGUUUCUUGGCCAGAAACAUAUCCACAAACAGCACCAGUCAUAUCGAUGGAUGCUUUCUUCAACAACACAAUAUCUUCAGCCAUUAAGCAAAGUAUAUUGGAUAAGUUAAUGGUAGAAGUUGAAGCAAAUCUCGGAACUGCAAUGACAUACACACUUUUUGAAUAUGCCAAAGACAAUAAGGAGGUGUUCAUGGAAAAUCAACCUGUUAACACUGUGACUUCAGUAAGCAAUAGUAUUUCAAUUGGAACUCCUGAAGUGCCGCCAAGUAAGAAAAAAGAGAAAAAGGAGCAGUUAUCCAAAGCCCAGAAACGAAAACUAGCCGAUAAAACAGAUAACAAAGGAGAGCUUCCACGAGGAUGGAACUGGGUUGAUGUAAUUAAGCAUUUAAGCAAAACUGGUUCUAAAGAUGAUGAAUAAAGGACUUUGGUACAAGGAAACUCCACCUUUUAAUACAGUGCAAUUCUGGGUCACCAUCUCUCUCUUAAUAACUUUCAUAUUUGUUGAAGUAAACAUUUUAUAAAGCUCGAUUUCCUAACUUGUAAAUCUAGUCACACAAGCUUAUCUAGAGACCAUGUGGUCGUCUUCAGAAAAAUCAACCAACAAACUUGCCUUAAAUGAAGGUUAGAAUGUGACAAAGGAUAUAGGGAGCCAGUGUGGUGAAUAGUGCUGAAGUGUUUAUUAAUUUAUAUUUAGUCUGUAGUAAAAUCCUGUUAUAGUGAACCCAAUGAUACUGUAAACAUUUCAUGAUGUUCUUAUUCCAAUUGAAGAAAAAAGCACUAUAACAGUGAUUGGUGGCUUGAUGGCUUAAUUCAUCAAAAUAAAUUGUUCCAUGGAAAUAAGACCUUUGUCAUUUGUUUAUCUAGUAUGAGUUAGAAGGAGGACAUACAAAUUGUUGCAUUGCAGAACAGGCUAGAGCUUGUGGUCUCAUUUUCACUAGUAACUGGCUGAAAUAGUAAAUACUAGUGAAAGCAAGGCCAAAUAUUCUAGUCUGCUCAAAAAUGAAUGGUUAAAGCAGGAGUGCAGCUUCUUUAUCCUGCACAACAUCCAUCUGUUGGUCUUUCUCCAGUGUGCAUGUUUACAGACACUGGGAUGUCUGAGGAGGGGCAAAAGUGCUUUCUUGCACAUGUCUCAAUGAGUGUUGGGAUUUUGUAGCUGCUUCAUUGGAGAAAUAGGCAUUCUUUGGAGGGAUUUCCUGACUAACUGGUGGGACAGGGGAAAUCAGUAAUCCAUCAGUUUGGGAGAAGUUCUUUGUGAGAGCUCUUUUCUUUUUUUUUUCCUAAUCUGCUCUCUUGUAUAAGAAGGAGAAGUCAUUUUUACUGUAUGAACUGUCAUUGAAUACAAGAUGCCUUAAUGUCUUUUAUUAUUUUUGUUUGUUUUGAGAUGAACUUUAAUAAAUGCCUAUUUAUCUGCUGUGGUAUUUGUUUAUUGUUUUAAAUUCUGUAUUGCCUACUGCACUUUUCAAUUUGCAAAUUUGAAAUUGAAAGGACUCUGUUACAAAGAAAGGAUUAUUUUCAAAAAAUUGCUGGAAGAAUUCUUUCUACCCUCUUGUGGUAUAUGUUUACAUGAUCUUUAGGAUGGCUGUGUUUGUUGUUGAUAGGAGGAUCAGUCACUUUACCAGGAGCACAGGACAGUAUCCAUUGCAUUCAGUACACACAGAGCAAGUCCAGUGACCCUUUGGAAGAAUGUGCUCCACUGUGUACAGCAUCCAUCAUUUCAAAAAGGCUGGUUUCUUUUUGAGCUUUACUCUCAUGUAGUAAAAUGUUGUAAAGUAGAAAAAGGAGGACUUUUUCUGACCGAUGCAGCCUUGCCUGUGACAUGAACUGGGGGUUCAUGGCUGCAGUCUGAGCAGGAGCACCCAGCACAGAGUGCCAGUGCCAGGAGAAGUUGCUCUGGCAGUACACAGUGAACCUGUAGCAGGGAAGGACGUUUAGUUUUAGUCUCUGCCAGCACCAGGACAGGCAGGACUCUAUUCAUGAGUUCCCCAAGGGGAAUUGACAUGUUUUUGCUGGUAUCCUUGGUGUAUAAAUCAAGUUGCUCUGACAGUUUAUCUGAAUAGAUUAGUUAUGAGAGGGUGGGGGAAGAACAAAUAAGAACCACGUCUCUUGCCUUCUAUGGCUAUAGUUACUGUGUGUAACCUGGUAACCUUGUGAAAUGCAUGCUUUUUCAGCUCCUAGUUUGCCUGUAAAUCACAUGCUCUCAUGAAGAUACCUGAGAGUCUUCUCUAGUUCUGUUAGUAAAUGUAUUUACUUUGAAGUCUAAUUUCACAGGAAAUAUUUUGUAUUGGAAAUUUUUAUACUCAUUUUUUGCUUCUGUGUAAAUUGUGAAAUUGUAAAUUUGUGUCGUUCAAACCAUUUUCUGAUAUGAUGUGAUGGCUGGAACAGGAUCAUUUAAAGAAUCUGGGUAUUCGAUGUUAUGGAGAGGCCUGAGCAGUGAUAAAUGAGGGUAAGGAAAAAUCUAAUGAUUGUCAAGCAAGGCACAAUUGUAAAUAAGAUCAUGACUCCUGAAGGAAUUCUAAACCCUUGAAAAAUCUCCUGCCACCUUCUUUAUUUUUU